AUGGAUACAAAACGAUUGUUGGCUUUAUUCUGGUUAUCAGCACUAGCGUGCGGCCGAAGAUUAAACGACGAGUACAAUAAACAAAACAGUACAAACAGAAAUUUGCAUACAAAAUCAAUUGACUCUCAAGAGGAUCCCAGCUCUCGAAGUUAUGGACUUCAAGAGCCAGAAAUAGAUUCUCCAGAUGAAUUUAUAUCUGAGGUACCUGACACAUGGAUGCCUACAGAUUCGUCAAAACCAAUGGCUAAACAAAUUCAUGAUCCUGACAUUGUUGAUUACGGAGAACCAGAAAACCCAGAACAGCUAAAUGAACCGGAUGAAAUGGAUUCAUUAGAAAGACUUAAUGAACCCGAAAAAAAUAUUGAUUCUAAAGAUGAUACUAAAGAUUACGAGCAAGUAAAAAAAGUAAAAGAGGUGUCGUCAAUUAUCUCGUUGAAACCAAAAGAACGUAAUAAAUCAUUAGAUCCAAUAAGUGAUCAACAAGGUCGUCCUCCUAUGAGAAUCAUACGUCCCAUGAGGGAUUUAAGUAUAAUUGUCAGAAAUCCGCAUCAUCCUAUAUUAAUAGCCCGUCAAGUACCUGUUCAUUGGAUACCUCGGAACCAUCGCCACCCACAUAAACCACUAUAUCCACAUAAGCCACUGCUUCCACAUAAGCCACCGCAUCCACACAAGCCACCACAUCCACACAAGCCACUGUAUCCACAUAAACCUCACAAACCUUCGAUGCCAAAACACAAACCAUGUAAGCCAUGUGAUCCCAAAGUUCACAAAAAACACAAACCAAAAAAACCAAAAAAAAAACAUAAAAAAGAGCACUGUCACCACCCCACUCCGAAGAAACCUCAUCAUAAACGAUUAUUAUAUUAUGCCCCUGUGCCUACCGCCAUGAGCUAUUAUUACGGGCCACACAUUCCGGUUAAAUUGAUUAAGCCAAAUAGUAAUUAUGAGGUGUCAGAUAGUGUAGAACAUGAUGAUGAGAUCGGAACCAAAAAACCGUUUCACCAAGAAAUUGAAGAAGAUGUAGAAGAACAUAGGUUAGCAGAAAUGAGUGAACCUUUUGAUGAAGAGGUCCUCGAUGAAAGUAAAAUAAAAUCAUUUGAGAAACUUUAAAGAGUAAAAUGUUAUAACUUUUUAUAUACGAAAAAAAUUAAUCAAAUUUGCAAUCAAAGUUUAAGCCAGAGUUAUUGAAGUACGUAUAUAUAUUAUCUAUGAUAUUUUGGUAGACAAAAAUCUUAUUUAAUAAUCGGCAAUAAAUGAACUUCAAACAUACUUUAUUUACAUACAUAUUAUAGGCAGGAUAAAUAUAUUCAGUGUAAUUUCAAAACGGAUCUUAAAAGGAUUUGAACAUUUUCCUAUUAUAGUUUGUAAAUUAUUUUUUUUAUGAAUCAUAUCUGCGGUUUGUGCAGACUCAAAUACUUUUUAUCCCGUCAAAAAUAUAAAGCUUGUUUGCUGCCGACACUUGAUAUUUAUAAACUCGAUAUUUAUCUAUUCGCCUAUAUUGUCAAUAAUAAUAUACUGCUACUAUGCAAAAGCUUAUCACCUCGGC